GUGAAAACAGAGCUAUUUCUUGUGGCUUUCUUCUACCUUGGAGUUCAUGCAAUCUUCUCCUUUACACACCCAAACGAUGUUGCGGGAGAAUUUGAACUUCCAAUUAUUCGGGAGAUAAGCAAAGCUCGUUUGAUCGUGACAGCUAAACAAAAUGUGAUAUUUUCGUUUUCUCCGACUAAACCUUAGUGAGUUGGAAUGCCACCUCGAAGAAAUUAGUUGAAUGGAGUGAAAUUUGACCAAUUACUCAUACGUAGUUCAAAUCCUCCUAUCGUUGAAAGAGCAAUGGCAAAAUACUCCACCUUCAUGGGGAUCAUCGGGCGAUCCAUGUGGAGAUCACUGGGGUGGAGAUCACUGGGAUGGAAUCACUUGCAACGAUUCAAGAGUCACUGAGCUAAAAUUAGCAUCAAUGGGGCUUAUAGGCCAACUCAGUGGCGACAUUGGAGGCCUCACUAAUCUAGUAGCAUUGGACCUUUCUUUUAAUAGAGAUCUCACUGGUCCACUCUCUGCUAGGUUGGGGGAUUUGCGAAAUUUGAACUUCUUAAUCCUAGCUGAAUGUGGCUUCACUGGUCAAAUUCCAGAAGAAUUGGGCAAUCUUACUGAGUUGCAGUCCUUGGCUUUGAAUUCAAACAAACUCAUUGGUCCUAUACCUCGUACUCUGGGAAAACUCUCCAAACUUUAUUUGCUAGACUUGAUAGACAAUCAGUUGGAUGGGCCUCUCCCUGUUUCAACUUAUGAUUCACCAGGUCUGGACCGUCUUCUCAAAGCUAGGCAUUUUCACUUGAGCAAGAACAGGCUAUCAGGUUCUAUACCAACCAAUCUUUUUAACUCUGAUAUGAAAUUAAUACACAUAGUAUUGGAUGGGAACCAGUUUUCUGGGACUAUUCCACAGACCUUAGGACUUGUUAAGACUCUUGAAGUUCUCCGACUUGAUAGGAAUUCUCUAACAGGAAAUUUCCCAUCAAAUCUUAGCAACUUAAGACAACUCACUCAAUUGAAUUUGGCACACAAUAAUCUGACAGGUCCAUUCCCAAAUUUAAUUCAAAUGACUUCACUGUGUGUUGUGGACCUUAGUAACAACUCAUUUGACUCAUCAACAGCCCCAGGUUGGUUCUCAAGCUUACCUACUCUUACCACUUUAAUCAUUGAGUAUGGGUCAAUACAAGGAUCUGUGCCGGAAACAAUCUUUAGCUUACCACAGAUACAACAAAUAAAACUGAAGUACAAUUUAUUUGGUGGGACAUUGAGCUUUGGUGGCAAUGUCAACCAGAAGCUGAAGCUUGUUGAUUUGGAAAAUAAUCAUAUUUCCCGACUUGCAUUGUCUGGAUAUAACAAAACCUUGAUGCUUAAAGGAAAUCCUGUGUGUGAUGUUGAUCCUCUCUUAAAAGAAAAUGAUUGCCAACUUGAACUGCAAGCUCCAGGGCCUAAUUCUACCGAUUCUAUCAACUGCUUAUGCCCCACUGGUCAGAAGAGUAACCCUCAAAGUCAAAGCUGUGAAUGUCAAUAUCCAUUUGAAGGGUUUUUGUACUUCAGAGGGCCCUUGAUAAGAGAAUUGUCUAAUAGGACUCUGUUUCGGUUACUGCAACAGAACCUUGCGGAGAAACUACAGCUUCCUUCUGCUUCAGUUUCUAUUCAAGCUCCUUUGUUUAAUAGUGAUGAUUACCUUAAGAUGCAAGUCGACCUUUUUCCACCCUCUGGAAAGUGUUUCAACCGGUCAGAAAUUCUGGGGAUUGCGUCUACAUUGAGUCAUCAAACUUUCGAUCUUUCUAAAGUGUUAGGAUCCUUUUAUUUCUCUCUAAAUCCUUACAACUUUUCAGCUGCAGAUGUGGGAACUUCUAGUCGCAAUUGGUGGCUGAUUGGCAUUGCAGUUGGUUGUGCCUUACUGGUCCUAAGCCUCAUUGGAGUUGGUAUAUAUGCAGUAAAGCAGAAGAAACGAGUAUCAAGAGCCGUUGCAUUGAGUAAGCCAUUUGCUUCCUGGUCCUCGAUUGAACAAGAUAGUGGAGACGCACCACAAUUAAAGGGAGCAAUAUAUUUUUCUUAUGGUGAGCUUAUAAAGUUGACAAAUAAUUUCUCUGCAAGGCAUGAGAUAGGAGUUGGAGGAUAUGGAAAGGUUUAUAGAGGAAUGGCUGGGGAUGGACAAGUAUUUGCAAUCAAAAGAGCCAAGCAAGGAUCGAAGCAGGGUGGACUUGAGUUCAAGACGGAGAUUGAAUUGCUUUCACGAGUUCAUCACAAGAAUCUAGUCGGCCUUCUAGGAUUUUGUUGUGAACAAGGAGAACAGAUGCUUGUUUAUGAAUUCAUGCCUAAUGGAUCACUUCGACAGAGCCUUUCUGGGAUUUCUGGUAUCCAUCUUGAUUGGAAUAGAAGAUUACAGAUAGCACUUGACUCUGCAAGAGGACUAACUUACCUUCACGAGUUUGCAAAUCCUCCUAUAAUCCAUAGAGAUAUCAAGUCCUGCAAUAUUCUGUUGGAUGAAUAUUUGAAUGGGAAGGUUGCUGAUUUUGGCUUGUCCAAGCUUGUAUUCGACCAUGAAAAGGGACAUUCUUCUAGCGUGGUUAAAGGCACUUGGGGCUAUAUCGAUCCAGAAUAUUACACGACGCAAAAAUUAACCGAGAAGAGCGAUGUGUACAGCUUUGGUGUUGUUAUGCUCGAAUUAAUUACUUCUAAGCAGGCAAUCAAGAAAGGGAAGUACUUAGUUCACGAAGUGCUUGUGCUCAUGAAUAAGAAUGACAAAGAACAUUAUGGAUUGACGAAUAUAAUCGACGCAACCAUCAGAAACGAGAUGACAAGUCUCAGUGGAUUUGGAAGGUUCCUGGAGUUGGCCAUACAAUGUAUCGAACAAUYGUCUGCAAAUCGACCUGUGAUGAGCGAAGUGGUUAAGGAAAUCGAAAGCAUUUUACAAAGCAUAUCUUCACAGCCAGACAGUUUGGAGUUUGCAAAGGCACCCCAAGCAUUCUAAAAUGGUGUCAUCCAAAGGAAGGAUAACAAUGGAACUUUUGAUACUAGAUAGUAGAAUAUGCACACUUUGAAUAGCAUUAUACAUUGAAGCUUGAUAUUUUGUUGAAGUCCUAUGUACAUUUUUGCUUUAUUUUUCUCUCAACAAAUUUAAUAAUUUGUAAUCAAGUAUAUAAGGUGUUAAUUGGCUAAUAUGUCCAACUUGAUAUUAAAAAA